AUGUGGAGGCUGCCGGCCGCACACCGUGCGGCGUCUGCUCGCCUCACGCCGCUGACACGGUUCGCGAGGUCCCUCUGCCUCGCCAAGGGCGAAGCUUCAGACGCCUGGCACCUGCUGCGGCCGGAACGCAAGCUGGGCGACUUGGCGGCGCUGCGGGAGUCGUUCGAUAAGCUCGAUCUCGACAACUCCGGAAAGAUUGACCUCGACGAGGCGAUGAUUGCCUCUGCCGAUCUCAACAGCGACGGCCAGAUCGACUUUGAGGAGUAUAAGAAGAUCGUGGGCUACAGCGAGAAUCGGCGCGCGACGCCAGACUACGCCAAUCAGACGCGCAUCUACUCUUCAAUGGACGAGGCGUGGCGCCAAACUCGGUCCUAA